AUGAAACCAAAGAAAAAACGUCUGUAUGACGACAACUAUUUAAAAUUCGGAUUUACUGUGAUAGAAAAUAUACCGCAGUGCGUUAUUUGCUUUGAUACUUUAUCACGAAAAAACAAACCGUUGGAAUUUUUCGAAAGAAAAUUGAAGGUUCUUAAACAUCAAAAAACUGCUGUAGUACAAAUGUUCAACGUAAAUGAGAAAUCGUUGCUGGCUAGUUAUUGUGUAGCUUUUCGUGUGGCUAAAGCAGAAAAACCUCAUACGAUUGCCGAAAAUUUAAUUUUACCAGCGGCUUUAGAUACAGCAGAGAUUAUGUUCGGCAAACAAGAGGUGGAAAAGCUCAAAAAUAUACCUCUCUCUGAGAAUACUAUUCAACGCAGGAUAAGUGACAUGGCGACUGAUGUUCGUGAUCAAGUCAUAGAAAAAAUAAAAGAAAGUACUUAUGUGUGCAAAAGCAAUGACUGGUUCGGAUUCAUUAUCAGACUAAAACAAGUCAUGCCAAACGCUUGUUGGAUGCAUUGCUUUCUUCACCGCCAAGCUCUUGCGUCCAAAACCUUGCCACAGGAAUACAAUGAAGUCCUCAAUAUAAAUAUAAAAAUAGUAAAUUGUAUUAAAGGAAAAGCAUUGCAAACACGAUUAUUUCUAAUCAUUUGUGAAGACAUGGGUUCACUGCACCAAAAUUUACUUUACCACACAGAGGUGAGGUGGUUAUUGAAAGGCAAAGAUUUUGAAGUUCGAGCUGAACUUUUGGUGUAUUUACAGCAGGUCAAGUCAGAAUAUUCCAAAUUCAUUUUUGACCCGAAAUUCCUUUUAAAACUGGCCUUUCUUUCUGACUUGUUCGAGCAUUUAAAUAGCUUGAAUAAAAGCCUUCAAGGACGGGAUGAAAAUGUCAUUACCGCUAAAGAAAAAAUCCAUGGCUUUACAAAAAAAAUUAACUUGUGGUCAUCAUCUAUCAAUCAAAACAAAUUCAACUAA